AUGGCGGCGAUUUUGCAAACGAAGAUCCAGCUGAAUCCGAUCAAAGUCUUCCCCGGAUCUCUCACCGAUCAUUCUCGUGCACCGUCCCGUAUAAUGUGCUCCGCCGCUUCACCGGCCAAAAAACGGUUUAACAUCGCUCUCCUUCCCGGCGACGGAAUCGGUCCAGAAGUGAUCUCCGUCGCCAAAAAUGUUCUUCAGCAAGCUGGAUCUCUCGAAGGACUGGAGUUUAACUUCCAGGAGAUGCCUGUCGGAGGAGCAGCCUUGGAUUUGGUCGGAGUUCCCAUGCCGGAGGAAUCUUUUUCAGUUGCUAAAAAUUCUGACGCCAUUCUUCUUGGAGCUAUCGGAGGGUACAAAUGGGACAAGAAUGAGAAACAUUUGAGACCUGAGAUGGCUUUAUAUUACCUUCGAAGAGAUCUCAAAGUCUUUGCAAAUUUGAGACCUGCUACAGUUUUGCCACAGCUUGUUGAUGCUUCGAGCUUGAAGAGAGAAAUAGCAGAAGGUGUUGAUAUGAUGAUUGUAAGGGAACUUACUGGAGGUAUUUACUUUGGUGAGCCAAGGGGUAUUAAGAUCAAUGAAAAUGGCGAAGAAGUCGGUAUUAGUACCGAGAUUUACGCUGCUCACGAGAUCGAUAGAAUUGCUCGUGUUGCAUUCGAGACUGCUAGGAAAAGGCGUGGCAAGCUCUGUUCUAUUGACAAAGCCAAUGUCUUGGAUGCAUCAAUGUUGUGGAGGAAAAGAGUAACAGCGUUAGCCUCUGAGUAUCCAGAUGUUGAACUYUCACAUAUGUAUGUCGACAAUGCUGCAAUGCAGCUUAUUCGUGACCCGAAACAGUUUGAUACAAUUGUCACCAAUAACAUUUUUGGCGAUAUAUUAUCUGAUGAGGCUUCAAUGAUCACUGGAAGCAUUGGAAUGCUUCCAUCUGCAAGUCUCGGUGAAUCGGGACCUGGACUCUUUGAACCAAUACAUGGUUCUGCACCAGAUAUAGCUGGACAGGACAAAGCAAACCCAUUAGCCACCAUUCUCAGCGCCGCGAUGCUUCUGAAAUAUGGACUUGGAGAAGAAGAAGCUGCAAAGAGGAUCGAAGACGCGGUCUUGGAUGCUCUCAACAAAGGGUUUAGAACCGGAGACAUCUAUUCCCCUGGAAAUAAACUGGUGGGAUGCAAGGAGAUGGGUGAAGAGGUGCUCAAAUCAGUGGACUCCAAAGUUGCAGCUACUGUUUGA